AGUCGUUGAUGUUGAAUCGUUGAUCGCGACGGAUUUUGGAGCCUGUGAAAUAAUUGUCAUCAUCGGAUUUGAAUUUCUAGGGUUGGAUUUUGUGAAAUAAUUAGUGAUUUAUUAUGUAGAUAUAUAUCCGGAGUCGGAUUAGGGAAUGGUGGACAGUAUUUGAGGGUGGAUUGAACAGAGAGCGAUAUGGGCGGUGGUAUUAGAAUUAUUGUGAAGUAUGUUGUUGUCUUUGUUGAGCAAGCGUACAUUAUAUGAUGAUUCUAGGGAUUCAUAUGGAUUUACUGUGAGACCUCAACAUGCCCAUAGGUAUCGAGAGUACUCCAAUAUCUACAAGGAGGAAGAAGGGGAGAGAUUGGCAAAAUGGAGGGGAUUUCUUGUGCAGCAAGAAGAGUCUACAAGGGCUAGUCGUGCUAAGGAAGAUGACACUGAACCUGUGGUUUCCGAGGUUACAGAGGAGUCACAUGAUCUCAGGCAAACAGCUAGUGAACCUGUGGUUUCCGAGGUUACAGAGGAGCCACAUGAUCUCAGUCCAACAGCAAGUGAACCUGUGGUUUCCGAGGAUACAGAGGAGCCACAUGAUCUCAGUCCAACAGCAAGUGAACCUGUGGUUUCCGAGGUUACAGAGGAGCCACGGGAUCUCAUUCAAACAGCAAGUGAGGAAAGGGAAGAUUCGGCUGAACAGUCCGAUGCCAUUUCUGAAGGCACUGCUGUUGAAAAGGUGAGCAGAGAAGAUGGAAAUUCAAGUGAAAAGAGGUCUGAGGGAAGUAUACGUCCCAAGGAAGCUCCAAGUAACCAACAUAGUAUGCCCCGUGAGGUGAAGACAUGGGCUGAUAUUAGUUCAUCACUAAAUUCCAUAGAUCAUUUGAUGAGUUUACGAAUAAAGAAGAAUGCGAACACGAAGCAUGAAAAGAUAAGGUGCGAAAAUAAUGACCUUCCAUCAAUAGAUGAGGGAAGAGCAGAUAGUGGAGGGUCUGAAGACGAUAGUGAGAGAACAGAUAGUGCAGAAGCUCCUACAGUAGAAACUAGUUCCUGUGAUAUACUACUACCCACAGAAUCCAGUUUUCCUUGGAAACAAGAACUAGCAUCCCUUGUUCAAUUAGGAGUACCCAGGGAACUUAGGGGGGAGGUGUGGCAAGCAUUCGUUGGUGUUAGAACCCGCCGAGUGGAUAGAUAUUACCAAGAUUUGCUGUCUGUAGAAUGUGAUGCUGGUAGUGAUGACAAAGAGCAUGAUAAAUCAGCAUCUGAAGAGAAGAAAGGAAAUCUGUCAGAAAAGUUGAAGAAGCAGAUUGAGAAGGAUCUGCCGCGAACAUUUCCAGGCCAUCCGGCAUUAAAUGAAACUGGCAGGAACUCAUUACGGCGUGUGCUCUCAGCAUAUGCUCUGCAUAACCCCUCAGUCGGGUAUUGCCAGGCAAUGAAUUUCUUUGCUGGCUUAUUACUUCUGAUGAUGCCCGAGGAAAAUGCUUUCUGGACACUGGUGGGUAUAAUCGAUGAUUAUUUUGAAGGUUAUUUCUCACAAGAAAUGACAGAAUCCCAGGUUGACCAACUUGUUUUUGAGGACUUGAUGCGUGAAAGGUUUCCUAAACUAGUAAACCAUCUUGAUUACUUGGGAGUUGAAGUGGCAUGGAUGUCCGGGCCUUGGUUCCUCUCAAUCUUUGUAAACACGCUUCCAUGGGAAAGUGUUCUUCGAGUGUGGGAUGUGAUCCUGUUUGAAGGAAACCGCGUCAUGCUCUUUCGAACUGCGCUUGCUUUGAUGGAUUUAUAUGGACCUGCUCUAGUUACAACGAAGGAUGCUGGGGAUGUUAUAACUUUAUUACAAACACUUACUGGUUCCACAUUUGAUAGCAGCCAACUUGUCUUGACUGCUUGUAUGGGUUUCUUGACCAUUACUGAAGAUCGACUGCAGGAACUGAGACAGAAGCAUAGGCCAUCUGUAGUUUCGACAUUCAACGAAAGAGCCAAAGGGUGCAAAAGCUUCAAAGAUCCUAAAGGUCUCGCAACUAAGUUAUACAGCUUCAAGCAUGAUCGUGGACCAAUAGCAAAAGAAAAUGAGAUAGAAGCAGGCUUGAAUGAUAAUAUGGAUUUAGGUGAAAUUCCAUGUUUGGAAUCUCAUUCUUCCAGCCUGGAUGAUUAUCUUAAAGGCAUGACCAUUGAUUCCGAAGUAGAUUCACUUCCAGAUCUUCAGGAACAGGUGAUUUGGUUAAAGGUUGAGCUCUGCAGGUUGCUAGAGGAAAAGAGAUCGGCUAUGCUCAGGUCUGAAGAAUUAGAAUCUGCGUUUAUAGAAAUGGUUCAAGAAGAUAAUCGAAUGGAACUAGCUGCAAAGGUUGAGAAAUUGGAGAAGGAGGUUGCUGAACUACAGCAGGUUCUGUCUGAUAAGAAAGAAGGGGAGAAAGCAAUGCUUGAGGUUCUCAUGAAUGUUGAGCAAGAACAAAGGAUAGCCGAUGAAGCUCGACGCUCUGCAGAACAACAGCUGCGCGCACUUCAGGAAAAGUAUGACAAUGCCAUGGGUGCCCUGGAUGAUAAGGAGAAGCGGGUUGUUAUGGCAGAGACGAUGCUAGAAGCAACAUUGCAAUAUGAAUCCGGGCAAAGUAAAGCCUCUUCACCUAAGUGAAUAAGCACCCUGCUCCACAGUGCAUAAAAUCUUUUACCGUCUAAGAAAAGGGUCGUCUUCCUUGGGACGGAGAAGUAUAUCCUCGUUAUCUAAUCCCAUUUUCUUCAAUCAUAAUUUAAAUAUGUAUCCCAUGUACCAUUCUGCCAGUUCUACAAAAAAGACUGGUCUACUCUCGUUCGGCCUUGGUUGGAGGAAGGGGAAAGACGACACUGGCAAUAACGUCCCCGACGAUGCUGAUGGCCACCAGCAAGAUAGAUGACAAGAAAGUUACAGAAACAAUAUACUAUGCUCAUUCACUGCAGUAGUUUUUUAACAUCAUCGUUUUUAAGUUUGUAUGUGUACGAUGAGGUAAUAAACAAUAGUUUGUACUUUUUCGGCAACAAUGUUCUCUUUCAACUUUAAUUUGAUCGAAAUAGGCCAACACAAAACUAGUCUUGUUACAAAUUUAGUAUCAACAGAAGGGUAAAAAAACGAACAAACUGGGUGUUUUCUUGCAAAACAUCUCGAGCACAGAUCCAGCAUGUAAUAGCAUCUGAUGCGAAGCAUAUUUUCUAUAUUUUUUCCCCUUAGACUACAUAUUUUUAUGUAAAUUAUAACUCAUGAACUGUCUAUUGACAAGCUUAGGAUUGCAUCCGAGUGAAAUUUCACACCAGUCACCGACAAGGAAGGAUUUCUCAAAUCCCCUAACACCAUUGAUCCAUCCUCAAAUCCAGCAACAACAUGUGCAUAAACCUGUGAUUCAGAUGGCAAAAAGGCUCCAACAGCCAUGCACAUUCCUCUCGACUUUGCAGAACGAUCCAAUGAGCUCCUAGGCUGCUUCACAAGCUUUUCAGCAAUAUUAACAUCCCAAAUCUCAACUGCAGACAAGUCUUCCCCAGCUGUGGCAACAUAAUUACCCCCUCCAGCCUCGAAUCAACCUCAGCUUCAAGGCGAUUCUUGGAUACUUUUUCAGUUGGAGUAAUUUAAGCAUGGGGUUCGUUCAAUACAGAAAGUUUGCCCGAUCGGGCGAUUUUUAGAACGGGAAACGCCCGGUCGGGCGAAAUGUGCACGGCGUGAACAAGAAGCAGGCGCCCGGUCGGGCGAUUUAGUCUCUUAAAGACGCCCGGUCGGGCAUUUGAUGUCGCAACUGCACUAUGGCAGUUUUCUCGGCGGUUGCUUUGGUGGGGAGAAAAGACACGGUUCUUGGAUAAGAGGGGGACGUUUUUGAGGGGAAAAAUACCAGAGGAGAAAAAGAGGAGAGACGGAUCUGGAGAAAAGUCCAUUCAUCAAAAUUGAGGGCUUGAUUUGGUGUAAUUGGUAGGAACGAUUCGUGGAGUAAUUGUGGAGACUUGGAGAAGAUAGUGAAAGGGAAAGUGACGUGUGAUGCUAUUGAAUACAAAUUGAGAGAAUUUUCCAAGUCAAAGUUUCAUUCUCUGCAAAGCUCCAUGGUUUUCUAUCCAUUUGUAAUUGAUCCUAGUUUAAUUAUGAUUGGCUAAAAAUCUCAGUGUUGCUCCAAACAUGUAGAUGGAUAAAUUGUUCGUGUGAUUUAUUCAAUGUUCUUCUUAU